GUGAUGUUUCAUGUCCUCGUCUAAAUACUGUGUGUGCAUGUGAUACUGAUCAAUUUUUGUGCAAAAUUUGUGGUCAUGAUUUUAUAGAUUUAGAUUGUGAUCCCUUCACCACUGAACAUUCCCUAGAUGAUAAGAAAGCUCUUGUAGUGAUGAAUGACACUGCAGUAAAAGUAAAUGGGAGGUACCAAGUUGCUCUUCCAUGGAAAGAUAAAAAUAUUAAACUUCCAAACAAUCGUCAAAUGGCAGUGAAAAGCUUAGAGUCCCAAAAACGAAAAUUUAUUAGGGACCCCGAUUUAUUUUUUAAAUACAAGUCCAAAAUUAAUGAUUACUUAGACAAGGGGUAUGCGGAAAUAGUGCCUGAGGGUGAUCCUGGGUCUCUGGGUAGGACUUGGUAUAUGCCACACCACUCUACUGGGGCCAAGUUCCGGGUUGUUUUCGAUUGCAGUGCGGAGUGCGGCGGCACUUCACUUAACAAGAAUUUACUUUCAGGUCCAGACCUAAAUACGAAUUUGGUGAGUAUUCUACUGCGGUUUCGCGAGGAAGCGGUUGCCUUUAUUUGUGAUGUGCGCGAAAUGUAUCUACGUGUUAUUCUGGACAGUCGAGAUCGUGAUGCGAUGCGUUUUCUGUGGUAUCCGAAUGACGACUUGGGAAAGAAACCUAUUGAUCUGCGAAUGUGUUCGCAUGUUUUUGGCGCGACGUCGAGUCCUUCGAUUGCGUCAUUUGUGUUGAAACGUGUCGCUGAUGACAAUCUAACGAAUGCUGAUCUGGAAACGAUACAGACAGUGCAACGCAGUUUUUUCGUUGAUGAUGGUGUGAAGUCGAAACGUACCGUCGAUGAAACACUUCAAUUGAUAAAUCAGCUGAUCGAAUUACUCGCAUCGGGUGGGUUCUGUCUUACAAAGUUUGCUUGUAAUAAAAUUGAAGUAAUGGAAGCGAUUCCCGAGGCGGAUCGCUCAACCGCAACGAAAGCGCUUGACUUUAGUACAGAGUUGACUGAACGUACGCUGGGAAUUUAUUGGAACAUGGUGCACGACGUCUUCAAGGUUCGGGUGGAAAUUGAGUUUCGACCCUCAACGCGCCGUGGCAUGCUCAGCAUGCUUGGCCAGGUAUAUGAUCCAUUGGGGUUUAUUCAACCGUUUUUGAUUCCCGCAAAGCGCAUUUUGCAGGAUUUGUGUUUUUUGGGUUACUCGUGGGAUGAUCCUGUCGAGGGAGACUUGUAUGAUGGUUGGGAGAAAUGGAUCAGCACCUUGCCUAGUUUGAGGGAGUUGACUAUACAACGUUGCUACAAACCGGAAGGAUUUGAGGCGGCGAAUGUGCAGCUUCACUGUUUUUGCGACGCAAGUAGAGUGGGCUACGGUGCAGUAGCGUACCUUAGGUUGGAGAACGAAUCCGGCGAGGUUCACUGUGCAUUUGUAAAGGGUACUGCGCGUGUUACCCCAAGAAGCUAG